UAACACACGGAACUGUCGAAGAAACAUAACCACCUAGAUUCUUUGGACAUCUUCAAUCUCUCUAAAAAGUGCCUACCUUGAUUCAUUCUAUCGGACAAUUCAGAGUAGUUAUGCACCGGUCGUCGAGCUCGACUCGAGUCUCAGACGAGUUCUUCUCAAACUCAUCUUCAUCUUCGCCAUAUCAGAGUUUCAACCCAAACUCAGACACCCACCAAUUACCCACUUACAAUCCCCUAUCGGAAGUAGCAAAGAAAGAAAGGAGUCGCCUCAGAUCUGCGGAGACAGCGGUUCAUAUCAUCCCAGUUUUGCUGGUUCUGUGUGCCAUCAUUCUUUGGUAUUUCUCAAGCCCAGUUGAUAUGGUGAAUAAAGCUGAUUCAAUUGUUGCCAGAGUGGAAGGUCCGAUGACCUAUGGAGGCAUCAAUAGCCAUGGAGCGAAGGGCCGCUUGUUUUCAAACAUGGGGCUGGAGGACGUUGAUACUACAAAUCAAUCAGUAGAUCAGGUGGAUCAAAAACCUACAAGAUGAAUGGAGGACAAUCCCUUGUAACAGUCAUUCUUGACGAACAGCUUGACGGGUCAUAACAGCUGCUAUUAGCAAAAAUCCCAUUACUAUGUCAAAAAAUGUCUGUCAUAACAACUGUAAACAGGAUUGUAUAUUUGCAUUUGGUAUAAGAUAUAUCCAGGUCUUCUUAGAUUUACAUGACACGGUGGAAAUAUUUUUGUAUAAAGAACUGUUCAGCAGCUACGAAGAUGGUGUUACUUUGUUUC